ACUGCAACCAGUUCAGUAUCGCGCAUCUCGCGAUUCUGCUGGAGUGGAGCAGAAAGUAGCGUCACUUUCUUCAUCGUCACAAGGAACAGAACCAGAGUGACAGCUUUCAAACGUCCAGUUCUUCGUUUACAAUGUCGUUUCAAACACUUAUUGAAUAGACAUAACUGUUUUUAGUUAUUCUUCUACUUUGUUUCGACUCUCGAAAGCGGAGAUGAAGUACUGGCGGCAGUGCGCAUUGUGGCUGAUAAACUGCAAGGUGCUUCCUCCGAACCAUCGGGUAACCGGGGACAGUGCCCAGGUAUUUGACUUGGCUCAGACGCUCCGGGACGGGGUGUUGCUCUGUCAGCUGCUCAACAACUUGAAACCACACACCAUCAACCUGAAGGAGAUUAACCUUAGACCACAGAUGUCUCAGUUCCUCUGCUUGAAGAAUAUCCGGACCUUCCUGACAUCCUGCUGUGAGGUGUUUGGGAUGAAGAAGACUGAUCUGUUCGAGGCCUUCGAUCUGUUUGAUGUCCGGGACUUUGGAAAGGUGAUGGAUACUCUGUCCAUGCUGUCCUACUCCACGGUCGCACAACAGGCAGGAAUCAAGCCCUUUCCAUCAGAGGAGAGUCUGAAAGACGAGGAUAUUUACAGUCAUCUGAAGGACCUGAUUGAUGAGAACGUUCUAGAGGAUGAGGAAGAGUUGUAUGCUCCAGUCUACGGGUUGGAUGACACCGAUGAAGGAGGAGAGAUCUAUGAAGACCUGAUGAGGACCGAACAGCACCCUACACUGAAGCAGGCUGAGAAUGUGAGAAGCUGCUGCCUCUCAGAGAUCAAACAAACAGAGGAGAGAUACACAGAGACCCUGGAGUCUAUAGAGAAGUACUUUUUGAACCCACUGAAGAAAUUUUUCACUGCGUCAGAAAUCGACAAGGUUUUCGUCAACAUCCCUGACCUGGUGAAAGUCCAUAAGAGUCUGAUGGUGGAGGUGCAAGAGUCCAUUCUCAACAAGAACGCCUUAAACCUCUACCAGGUCUUCAUUGCCUAUAAGGACAGGCUACUCAUUUAUGGAAUCUACUGCAGUCACGUUGAGAUAUCCAUCACAGUGUUGGACUUUAUUUGUAAGGAGAAAGAGGACGUACGACUAAAGCUAGAGGAAUGUUCUAAAAGAGCCAACAAUGGGAAGUUCACUCUGAGAGAUCUACUGGUGGUUCCCAUGCAGAGAGUCCUCAAGUACCAUCUCCUACUACAGGAGCUGGUCAAACACACCCCCGACGCAGCCGACAAGAACAACCUGAAGAUGGCUCUGGACGCCAUGAAGGACUUGGCUCAGUAUGUCAACGAGGUGAAGAGAGACAAGGAGACUCUGAAGGAGAUCAACCAGUAUCAACGCUCCAUCGAGAACCUGAACCAGCCCCUGGAGAGCUACGGACGGCCCAAGGGGGACGGAGAGGUCCGAAUGGUGUCUAAUGUUGACAAGAAGAAACAGGACAGACAUAUCUUCCUGUUUGACGGGGCCGUGAUCGUCUGUAAGAGACGAGGAGACAACUAUGAGAUGAAGGAUGUGAUCGAUCUCAACUACUUUAAGAUCACCAACAACCCCACCCAGGAUAGAGAGAGCAAGAAGUGGUUCUAUGGUUUCUACCUGACCCAUCAGCAGGGGCAGAGCGGCUUUGAGUUCUUCUUCAAGACCAAGGAGCUGAAGAAGAAGUGGCUGGACCAGUUUGACAUGGCAAUAUCCAACAUCAGACCAGAGAACUCCAGUAACAACUUCCACCAGUUCAGGAUGCAUACCUUCAUCAGAAUCACUACCUGUAGCUCCUGUCAACUGCUCCUCAGGGGUAUCUUCAACCAGGGCUAUCUCUGUCUUAAGUGUGGACUCGGAGCUCAUAAGGAAUGUCUGGGUAGAGUGGGUGUCUGUGGAAGAACUGAGUCUGCCAAGCUGAGGCCUGAGAGGGCUCCGACGGUGCGGAAACAACCAGACCCAGGUCUCCCUAGGAUGCUGGUGAUCAGAGACUACUGUGGCAUCCCCUCUCCCCAGAAUGCCCCCCCGUUGACCAUCCAUGCUGGGGACAUCAUCGAGCUCAUCUGUGCCGACCUACACAGCUCCUGGUGGCAGGGCAAGAUCUUGGCGACGAGAGAGAUUGGUUCCUUUCCCAGCGAUGCCGUUAGGCCAUGCCCAUGUGUACCCAAACCAGUGGAUUAUUCAGCCCAGCUGUGGUUUGCAGGGCCAAUGGAGAGGCAGGAGGCGACGGUAAAGCUGAUGGACAGAGAGAACAGCACCUUCCUGAUCAGACACCGGACCAGAGAGUCUAACGAGUAUGCCAUCAGUAUCAAGUUCAACGACGAAGUCAAACACAUCAAGAUCCUGACAAAGAAUGAAUGCUUUUACAUCGCAGAGACCAGGCUGUUUAAGACUGUGUUGGACCUGGUCGACUACUACAAGCAGCAUUCUCUGAGAGAGGGCUUCAAGAGUCUGGACACAACACUGCAGGUACCAUUCAGGGAGCCAAGCAACGGGAACAACAUGCCCCAAGGCAUCCGACACACUGGCACUGUGUUCUCUCCCAGGGUGGUGGGCAUCGCGUUGGCACGCUACGACUUCAGCUCCAGAGACACCAGAGAGCUGUCUCUACAAGAGGGAGACGUAGUCAAGAUCUACACCAAGAUGGCUAAUGGCUGGUGGAAGGGAGAGGUCAACGAUAGGGUGGGCUGGUUCCCCUCUACAUAUGUGGAAGAGGAAGACUGAGCUGGUUGAUUAAACCUCAGAUCUCAGGUGACACGGCUAUAGCCCACACUGCACUACGGCUCCAGACAUCCUCCAGGUUGUGGAGCCACAGCAUCCUGGCACUCUGAUAGAACUCAGACAAGACAAAAGCCCCAAGCCAGACAGAUGGAAGUAGGAAAUGCCCUCUAUCCUCAUCCAUCCUCACCCUACCUCACCCAUCCUCAACACAUCCAUCCUCCUCAACACACCCCUCCUCACCUCUCCCAUCAUCACACAACCCAACCUCAGCCCCUCCCUCCCAUCCUCACCCCUCCUCACCCCUCCUCACCCUUCCUAACCCCUCUCCACCUCAUCCCCUCCUCACCCUCCCCACCUUAUCCCCACCUCAUCCCCUCCACCCCUCCCUACCUCAUCCCCUCUCACCCAUCCCAUCCUCACCCCUCCUCACCCCUCACCCAUCCUCACCCCUCCCCACCUCAUCCCUCCUCACCCAUCCCAUCCUCACCCCUCCCCACCUCAUCCCCUCCACCCCUCCCUACCUCACCCUCCUCACCCCUCCCCUCCUCACCCCACCUCACCCCUUCCCACCUCAUCCCUCCUUAUGACCAGCACUGUUUUAUUCUGACUGCACUAUAGACUCCAGACUUAAAGUAGAGACACUCCCUCCCUGGUUGAGAGUCAAACUUGAUGAAGCUGGUCUUCUCUUACCUUGUGUUGUUAUUGAUAACGUCACUGGUUAGUCUGACAGAUUAGUAAAUUAUUAAACACUCGUGGCACGAAAGAAAGAUAUUUUUCUGCUUUUCUACACCCACAGUGUUUGAAGACUGUACACAAUGUUGAAGACUUGUUUGUUGUGCUAAAAUGAUUCCAUUAUGUGACCGCUAUGCUCCCCUUAUAUACAAUGAGUUCCAGAAGUAUUGGGACAGUGAUAUUUGCAUCUGCAUCGCUUGCUGUUUGGGGUUUUAGGCUGGGUUUCUGUACAGCACUUUGUGACAUCGGCUGACGUAAAAAGGGCUUUAUAAAUACAUUUGAUUGUUGAUUGAUUUGUUGUUGUUGUUUUGGCUCUGUACUUUAACACUUUGGAGUUUAAAUGAAACAAUGACUGAGUUUCAAUUGCAGACUGUCAGCUUUAAUUUUAGGGUAUUUUCAUCCAUAUCAGGUGAACCUUUUUUUGACACAAUACAUUAUUUAUCAUUCAUUUCUAUUGGGCAUAAAAUUAAUCUGAAACACAACCAAAGCAAACAGCAAAUGCAUCCAACAAAUGUGUCACAAGCUUGACGUAGUCAUUACUGUGCUAUGAAUAUGGGACCAAAUACUACACCUUCUACUACUUUAAUACACAUAUAAGUGAAUUUGUCCCAAUACUUUUGGUCCAAUAAAAUGGGGGGGACUAUGUAGAAAAAGUGCUGUAAUUUCUAAACAGUUUAUCCGAUACGAUUGCAAAAUACCCUCAAAUUAAAGCUGACAGUCUGCAAUUUAACCUCAUUGUAUUUGUUUUGAAAUCCAAAGUGCUGGAGAACAGAGUAAAAAUAACAAAAAAUGUGUUACUGUCCCAAUACUUUUGGAGAUCACCUGUUUCCUUCAUCACCUGUUACAUUACCUGUUUCCUUCAUCACCUGUUACAUUACCUGUUUCAUUCAUCACCUGUUACAUUACCUGUUUCAUUCAUCACCUGUUACAUUACCUGUUUCAUUCAUCACCUGUUACAUCACCUUUUUCCUUCAUCACCUGUUACAUCACCUGUUUCCUUCAUCACCUGUUACAUUACCUGUUUCAUUCAUCACCUGUUACAUAACCUGUUUCCUUCAUCACCUGUUACAUCACCUGUUUCCUUCAUCACCUGUUACAUCACCUGUUUCCUUCAUCACCUGUUACAUCACCUGUUUCCUUCAUCACCUGUUACAUUACCUGUUUCAUUCAUCACCUGUUACAUCACCUGUUUCAUUCAUCACCUGUUACAUUACCUGUUUCAUUCAUCACCUGUUACAUUACCUGUUUCCUGUAUAACAGGGUGUCGCCCCCCCAAAAAAAAUGUAAAAUAGGUUAUAAAUUGUUGGACAUAAAAAAACAACUAUAAAAACACCAGAAAAUCAGCUCCGAAUUAUGUUAUUUUAGAAAAUCAAUUCCAAAGUAUAAAUGUGACAAUCAUCCCUCUAUACUGUACCCAUCGUUCACCUUUGUUUUUUCUCAUCAGGAGAUUUGUUUAAAUAGCAAUUCAGUAGUUAGCCAGAAAAAACAAAGCAUAUUUAGCCUCCAGAUUAUGGCCAAGUAUUAUCUCCUGUACAUCAUUUUGAUGGAUAGCCAUGUAAACUUUGCCGGACCGAGUUUGACGUCGACCUAAAAUCAUUACAGAGUCGAUCUGAGAGACGGUUUCUUAAUUUGGCUUAUUCAAGACAAUCCAAUUUCGUUCAGUUUGAAGUGAAAAGAUCACUUGAUGCUUAAAGCAAAUACACAUUUAAUGUUCAUGUUUUUUUUUCACGGUGUUAAAAGUCACUUCCUUAUUGAAUGCUAAUCUCAUCCUCUAUGUUGAAUUAUAUUUUCUGCAAUGUGUAAUGCAGUUCCUGUUUUUAUUUUUUCUUAACAUUUAUUAAAUAAUUUGUAUUACUA